AUGCUUAGGAUAUUAAGACUUAGGACUACGCCGGUAGGGCUAAGAUGCCUUUCACAAAGCAAAUACACAUAUAGAAGACAUGCUGAUGAACUAACACCAGAGGAGCUCAAAGCCAAAUCAUUGUCUUUUCUCAAGGACCUUGAUGACAUUAGAAACAAGACUUCAGGAACCUCGAAAAAUACAACGAAUCAAUGGAAGGAGACAGCUACUCACGAGGAAGUGAAGCAGAUAAUUAACACAUCCCGAGGGAAACCAAAAUUUGUUGACCUAGAGAACAAGGGUUUAAAUUUAAAUCUUCUGAACAAGCAGUUAGUUGAACAAAUCAUAAAAAAUCUGGAGUACAGAGUCAGCCGAAGACUUGAUAGAAUUUCCCAGAAGUGGAGAACAAAGUUCUCUGAGAUCGUGGAAAGUUUUCCAGAUUCGAUAUUCGAAGGUAAAAAAGGAUCUCGAGAGGCUAUUAUCCAAAGGGAGUUCAAAGACGAAUUUAAAAAUGCACAUAUAGCAGCUAGCAGGGCUGGUAAGCCUUUAUCCAUCGGGGAUUUGGUGAUCAUAGAUGAAGGGAGCACAGAUUUCUUCCUCGUGGUUGCAUGUCCUCGUAGCUUUGAUGCCACAAAUUACACCUUCAUCAAUAGUAAAGGUAGAAUUAUAUUUGGGCCCAGCGUGAUGAUACGAUUCAGAAUCCCGAGUUUUUUACCAAAACAUUUCCAUCCAAUCUUGGAGAGCAUGGUCAUGCUAGAAGAAAAGACUUUGGAUAUCGCACCCAUUGGGGUGGUUGAUAAAGAGGUCUCAAGGUCUGAGGAAGCUAGACCUGUAGAGCUUAGAAAAAAUGGAACCACGAGAAAAACCCUUGAGCAUUUGGACAACUCUGCGUUCGAAAUCACUGAAGAAGAUGAGUUUAUUACUGCUCAAACUUCUUCAUCUUUGUUGAAGAAUAGUGCUGUGAAUACGUUCGUUGUUCCACCAAGUGCAAGAGAAUUGUACUCUAGUUUAUUAACACAAUUAUCCAUUGACAGCAUGACCAAAUUCAAGAGCAUGUCUUUGAAGUUGGAAUUGAUUCAUCGAGCACUACAGUAUGAUGAAUCAGAUGCGCUCAAUGUGUCACCCAGAAUCGUAUCAAUCUUUCAAAUCCUUUACUUAAUUCAGGAUCGAGGAACUGGUCCGUCGGUGAGUGGAUUGAGUCAUUUUCGGCAAAAGCACCUCGAUUGGUUCAGACGAGACAUCGGUAAGGUGUUUCUGCUAAAAGGGGGCGAGGAGGAAUCACUGUUGGGAAAGAUAAUCCGCAAACCAGAUAAGCAAGUCGAUUAUAUUGAGAGAUCUCAAUACGAUUUGUCUCUGUACUUUGCCAUAAUUCUUUUGCUCAGAAAACAGACAAGAUUGUGGAAAAUCAACGAGCAGAAUCUGAUAAACCCAGUCACAAGCAUCAUUAUUCUUCCUCUCUCCAACAAAGUUGGGAAGGAUGUGUUGGCUAGUAGAUUGAAAUCAGCAGAUGGGAAUGUAAUUAACCACAUUAUUAAAAAACUUAAUGGCAACACCAAUGAUCCCAAACCGAAGUUCUAUGAUGAAACCAUUGAGCUUUUGAAAGAUUUCAUUAUAGACAAUUUGAGAAAUGAUUUCGAAUUAGAGUCGUUAUGUGCCAGCUUGGUCAGAAAAAUUGGGCCUCAUUUGCCUAGUUAUACUGAAUACUCUUACGAAUAUGGAAGAUCUAAGGCAUAUGAUAUCUUGCAAGCUCUUGGUGAAACUGAAUACGAUAAUCCUGCAAGAUGGUCUUGGGGAUUAGAGUUGAACAGCAUUGGCGAUGCCGUCAAUAAAGAGUAUUACGACUUCCUUCAAAAAAGCCACGAAGCAGGCACUUCAAAUUCUUUGGAUGAUUUCUAUGACGAAGAUCCUAUUAAGGACCACAGAGAGGACUACAGAGAACCAAUUUUCUGCAUUGACUCAGAGUCAGCGCACGAGAUUGAUGACGGAAUUUCUCUCAAAGAGCACCUGGAUAAGUAUACGGUGUCCAUUCAUAUUGCCAAUCCGACAUCAUUUAUCAAGCCGCGGUCAAAUUUGAGUCAAAUUGCGUUUAGUAAAGGAACUACUUCAUAUUUGCCUGAAGGACCCAUCAAAAUGUUCCCUGAUUUCGUCAGUGAUCUCAGUGGAUUGGGAGUCAAUGGCCAGACCACAAGAACGUUUGGAAUAGAAUACGAUAUUCCCAAAAAUUUCCAAGAAAUGGAGUUGAAGAGUCUCCAAAAGAAUAUCCAGGAUUCCGGCAGGAUCAAGUUCUACAACACUUACAACUACCCAGAAGGUUACACCUAUAAGCACGUAGACAAAAUUCUUAGUGGUGAAGUUGCAGACUCGCACUUCGAUACUUUGAAGACGUUAAGAGAUAUAAGUGCUACACUCAAGAAAAUAAGAGUAGAGACUGGUGCAGCUCAGGACUUUGGAAUGAAUAACACUGAAUUAAAAGUUCAAUAUUGUGAAGACUCCAAACCUGAUGAGUUUCGGGUUGGGGAAGACGGGUACACCCUCAGAGUCAAAAACGUGGAAAUAUUUCUCGGGAACCCUGAACUGUCACUCGAAUCGACUUUGCUUGUAAGUGAAAUGAUGAUCGCUGCAAACCAUCUCACCAGUCGGAUUGGACGUCAAUUGGGGUUGCCAUUGAUCUAUCGAAACCAGAAGAGAAACCUCAGUGCUGAGAUUUUGCAGCAAAUGAAGGAAUUGUCGGGAGGUGACUUUCAUGAUCGAAGUCGAGUCCUCCUGUUAAUGAACAGUGCUAAGAUAGAUAUGAUCAACCAGGGUCAUGAAUCUCUUGGCUUGGGUAGCUAUUCACAAAUAACUUCUCCAUUAAGAAGAUACACAGACAUGGUAAAUCAAUGGAUGUUCCAAAGUCAUUUCCGUCAAGAAACCUGCGAGCUUAGUGUCAGUAACAUUGUUAACCACUUGCAAGCCAAAGAAAUCAUUAACAAGCAGUUCGAUCAAGUGUCUCAGAGAUUCUGGAAAGGCAUCUUUUUAAGAGAAUAUUUCCGGAUAAGAAAUGAAAUUGGCGCAGCCGAUGAGAUGUCAUUCAAAGUGUUCCUCGGGAAGCAUUUGAGUAAGGAUAAGUUACAAAUUGCCUUGGAAAACUUUUCCAAUUUCAAAACAGUGUUGAAAAUAGAUGAAACAGUACCAUUUGAUAUGACGACCGUUGAACUUAAUGCUCUGGGUAAUCUUGAUAUUACCCGAAUUGAUUUCAUUGAAAAUGAAUUAAUCUUUGAGCUUGUAAAUAGCGCAUAACCCGUUAUGCGGUACCUGUAAAUAGAGUUAAUAUUAACAUGCUGGAGCAGCAAAAACUUUAUAUAAACCUGGAAUUAAGAAUCUACGUGGGGGAUAGUUCCGUA